AUGGAGUGCCCUGUACAACGGAAGGAAAUACCAAUGAACCAUCUGUUCGAUGGUGGUGAACUGAAUGUGUACGAUCAGAAGAUAGCUAACCUGUCCGCCGGUGCGCCCGGGCCGGAUCUGCUCGGGGAGAGUUCCAAACUUUUCCUCAAAGCUACCGAAAAUCGAGUCAAAUAUGAGCUUGAGAAUAACUCUUUCUUGUUCCAAUACGGUCCAACUGUUGGGACGACGGAAUUUCGUAAAUCUCUGGCGUCAUUUCUAUCCGCCGGGUACGGCAGCGAAGUAAACAAGUCGGAUCUGGUUCAAACCAGCGGGGCAACGAACGGGCUUCAUCUGAUACUGUCCACGCUGGUGGAUCUGGCUGGCGUAAUAUUCGUCGACGAAUACACGUACAUGAUAGCCCUGGAAACCAUAUCCCAGUUCAACACCAUGAAAGUAGUUCCAGUGCCCCUCAACGAGGACGGCCCCAAUAUACUGGCGCUGGAGUCUCUGAUCGAUCAGCACCGCUUCGCCGCAAAGAAUGGGAAACUAUUCUGGGGCGUUUAUUACACGAUACCAACGUUCCACAACCCCACGGGAAUCGUCUUCUCUGAGGAAAAAUGCCAACAGCUGAUAAAACUCGCCCGCAAAACUGAUAUCUUGAUUGCUUGUGACGAUGUCUACAAUUUAUUACACUACGGUGACCCCGAAUCGCCCCCACCCAAACGCCUAUUUGCGUACGACAUCGCGGAUCUGGGACAGGUGGAAGGAUGGCUCGGUAACAUCAUCUCGAACGGCUCGUUCUCGAAGAUCCUUUCGCCCGGGAUACGCCUAGGAUGGAUGGAAUGUCCACCGCGAUGCGUCGAAGCAUUCCGCAACAGCGGAGUGCUGAAAAGCGGUGGUGCAGCCAACAACUACACCGGAGGCAUAGUAAGCACCCUCAUUCAUAUGGGCCUCCUCCAAAAACAACUAGCACACUACAGCGCCAGGUACUCCGAACGCCUUCAGGCAAUGGCCGAAACGCUCGAAACUCACCUCCCGAAGGAGUGCAGCUUCAACAAACCCAAAGGAGGAUACUUCGUCUGGAUACGCUUCCCGGCGCACAUCGAUUGUGCGGACUUUAACCGAUACAGCAUGGAAAAGCACCACGUGGCCGCCAUUUCCGGCAAUCGCUUUUCCAUUUCCGGGGAGGCGCGCAAUUUCAUACGCCUCACGUUUGCCUUCCACUCGCCCGACUAUCUGCGCCGCAGUGUGGCCACGUUUUGCAAGGCGGCUCACGAUUACCUAGCGAUGGAGGCGUAGGGCCCUUUCCCUGUGCGGCUCCAGCACGAGUUCUAUUUUUGUAUCUCCACCAGCGGAACCCGAU